CCCCGGACGGCGCCCAGAGUAAAGAUGGCGGCGGUUGUCUCUGCCCUCACUUAAGGUGGCGGAGUGACGUAGAGACGCACGUGACCGGAAGUAACGGCUGCGAGGCGUCAGGAUGGAAGCCGUGCUCAAUGACCUGGUGGCCGUGGAGGAUCUUAUGAGAUUUGAGAAGAAGUAUCUAGCCGAACUGUCAGCCGGAUCGCUGAGCAAGAGCACGCAGUUCGAGUACGCCUGGUGCCUGAUCCGCAGCAAGUACACCGCCGACAUCCAGAAAGGGGGCGUGCUUUUGGAAGAUCUUUUACCAAAGGGCAGUAAAGAGGAGCAGCGGGACUACCUGUUUUACUUGGCCGUGGCCCACCACAGAUUGAAGGAAUAUGAGAAAGCUCUGAAGUACGUGAAAACUCUUCUCGGUAAAGAACCAAAGAACACACAGGCUCUGGAGCUGGAGAAGGUCAUAGAGAAGAAGAUGCAAAAAGAGGGUUUAGUCGGCAUGGCGAUUGUUGGCGGAAUGGCCCUGGGAGUUGCCGGCCUCGCUGGUCUUAUCGGUUUGGCUAUUUCCAAGUCCAAAUAAAGGGAUAAAAUGUCUGAUGAGGCCUUGUAAUUACUUUUUGGCACUGUUCCUCGGUCACUAAUCCUACAUGUAGUUAUACUGAAGUUUAUGGCCUGGUCACUGGACAGGCAGAAGUUAAUUUAUUAUCUAACACCAAUGACUCGGAUGCUGCAUCGGUAACCAACCCGACUGGUAUCUAACACUAUUAAAGGAUAUUAUCGCUGUUCUCCUCAAUUUACGCUGCACUAGCUGAAUAAAUGGAAUUCACAUAUAAUGUUGUGUCAGAAAUUUAACCCUACGUGACCGAUCUGCCCAUGUAUGACCGGGUUUAGCUUCAGUUACGAAAAUCAUUUUGCCAAUUUUUAUGCUUUACAGGACACUGGUUUGUGUUGGAUCUUAGUUCGUAACCCGUUACAUUAGGCCUGUUUUUCAGGCUGUCACGUUCAGAUUCCCUCCCGUUCGCCUUCGCUACGUAACCUUCGUGAGGCGUGUGCCACUCUUUUACACAACAAUUUUUUUUAUUUUUUCUGUUUGUUUUCCAGGAUGGUAGCACAGUCGUUCUUAUCGCUUGUCUCUGCCGUUAAUCCCUUUAUGAAGGUCCAGACAAUUAGUUUCGUCCAAUUUAUUUAUUAAGUCACCAGACCCCAGAUAAAUAUUUUGAGACUUGUUGUUAAGGGACCCGGUCGUAUUGUGUUUGUAAGACAAUGACGAAGCACUACCCGAGGUAUUUUGUUUGUUCAGUGAGAUCAUUUUGGCUGAGAAAGUGAUGAGCGUCGAUUGAUAGAGAUCGUAAACCUGUCUUUAUUGGUCGACAAACCACAACAGCGGUACAGAUGGCCAUCACGUUUUUCCUACGACGUCAGGAUAAUUUCAAUAGGGUCCCCCAUAGGGGCGUAAUUAGAGUCCCAUGGGCCCCAGGGCAAAUUCUGAACCUGCCCCCCUCCUACAACAAUUAGAGAGUACAUUAAACAAUACACACAUAUAUACAUAUAUGCAAUAACUCACCUGUGACGUCUUAUAAAACCAAUCACUUUUUCUUUUCUUCUCUAUCUGGCCCAGACCGCCAUUAAAACUUCUGGUUAAGACUUGUUUCCCCCGAUUUUGCCGGAAAAACUAUUAAGACUCCCUUUUCCAGCAUAAUCCAAACCUCUAUGUGCCCCCAUAUAGUAGUAAGGCCGCCACCAUACACAACUAGGCUCCAUACUGCCCUCACAUAGUAAAAGUAGACCCCUAUAUAGUAGUAGCCCCAUUUAAAAAAUAAAAUAAAAUUUAGCUCUCCCAUCGUUUGCUUGCAGCUCCGGUCAGUCAGCUCCCCAUGGCUCAUCCUCUCAGUGCCCAAUGCAGGCAGCGUCUCUGAUUUUUUUUUUCUUUCUUUCUUUCUACUACUAUGAGUGUAGUAUGGAGCCUUGUUUGUAUAUGGUGGCAGCGUGGGGGCCUAACUACCAUAUGGGGGCACACCCAUAUAGUAGUUAGGCACACUGGCACCGGAAGUCCCAGCUAAAAUGACAGGGAGCCACUGGGUUUCCGGGCACCCCCCCCCCCCCCCCCCUUCCCCUGUGAUCGAUAUGCCCCUGGUCCCCCACAAAGAUGUGAGGCCACCCACUAUUUGAGAAGUAACUGGCUGUUCUACCUUAAGCCAGUGGCUUAAAGGGGUACUCCGGUGGAAAACGUUGUUGUUGUUGUUGUUAUUAUUAUUAUUAUUAUUAUUAUUAUUAUUAUAGAUAGAUAGAUAUAUAAUAAUUUUUUUUUUAUCAGCUGGUGCCAAAAAGUUAAACAGAUUUGUAAAUUAAUUCUAUUUAGAAAUCUUAUUCCUUCCAGUAAUUAUUAGCUGCUGUAUGCUCCACAGGAAAUUGUAUAGUUCUUUUCUGUCUGACCACAGUGCUCUCUGCUGACACCUCUGUCCGUGUCAGGAAGGGUCCAGAGCAGGAGCAAAUCCCCCAUGGCAAACCUCUCCUGCUCUCGACAGUUCCUGACAGGGACAGAGGUGUCGGCAGAGAGCACUGUGGUCAGAAAGAAAAGAAAUUUAAAAAGAAAAGAACUUCUGUGGUAUAUAGCAGCUGAUACAGUAAGUACUGGAAGGGUUAAUAUUUUUUAGAUAGAAGUAAUUUAUAAAUCUGGUUAACUUUCUGGCACCAGUUGAUUUAAAAAAAAAAAAAAAAAGAAA